CGUGGAGGAGGGCGGCCCCGCGCAGGAGGCCGGGCUGUGCGCCGGGGACCUGAUCACGCACGUGAACGGCGAGCCGGUGCACGGGCUGGUCCACACCGAGGUGGUGGAGCUCAUCCUCAAGAGCGGGACCAAGGUGCUGGUGACAACGACGCCGCUGGAGAACACCUCGAUCCGCCUGGGCCCCGCGCGGCGCCGCAGCGCCCGCGCCAAGAUGGCCCGGAGGAACCGCCGGGGGGGCACCGGCAGCGGCCACGAGAGGCGGCGCAGCGCGCUGUUCCGGCACCUGGCGCGCCAGGCCUCGCUGCUGCACACGAGCCGCUCGCUGACGUCACUGAGCCGCUCGCUCUCCUCCUCCGACUCGCUGCCCGCCUCCCCCACGCACGCGCGGGCGCGCGACCCCGGAGCCUCCCCGCCCAGCAGCUCCCCGGGCUCCAGCGCUCCGCCGUCACCGGCGGGCCCGCACCUGCGGCCGAGCUCGCUGCAGGGGCUGUCGCCGAAGCUGCAGCGGCAGUACCGGGCGGCGCGGUGCCGCUCGGCCGGCAGCAUCCCGCUCUCGCCGCUCGCCCACACGCCCUCGCCGCCCGCCGCGUCGCCGCCCGCCUUCCCCGCCAAGCUGCACGCCAAGGCCGCCGAGUCGCCGCGCCUCGCCCGCCGCGGGCUCCCGGAGAAGGCGGCGCCGGUGCCGCCGCGCAAGCUGGGGCUGGAGCCGCCCCGCAAGGACUUCCCCGCCGAGCCGCCGCUGCAGAGCCUGGCCGAGUGGGACGGCGAGGGCCCGGCCGAGCCGCCGCCGCCGCCCGCCCGCCGCCCGGGCCGCCAGGAGCUGCUCGGGGGUCCCGCCGGGGCGGAGGCGCCGGCAGCGGAGGAGGCGGAGCGGGGGGCGCGGGGCCCCCCCAAGGCGCUGAGCCCGGUGCAGGAGCACGAGCGCGGCGGCGCCGCCCCGGUGCCCAUCGUGGUGGUGGGGCCCGGGGCGACCCCCGGCGACCCCCGCAGCGCCCCCCCCGGCCGCUGA